AUGAAGAUUACAUCUGCCCUUACAGGCAUCUUUUUCCUCGGCAGCGUUGCCGCUUCACCUCUCUCUGAUGAAGAAGGGCUAGGAGCCCGGGAUAAACCCAAGUGCUAUUAUAAAGAUAAGCAUUGCUGUAACUUUAAGGACGACUAUACCCCCGAAUAUGGAAAUAGCGGGCAAUACGGCCAUCGCCACACUAUCUACGUCCGCCACGACGAGAGUAUCCAGAAAGCUAUCAACAAGGCCUCUCGCGGUGAUACGAUUGUCGUUGCCGCGGGUACCUACGCCGAGCAGCUUACCAUCUCUAAAGACGGCAUCAAGCUCAUCGGCAAGGGCGCUGUCCUGGUUCCUCCCAAGAAGAUUGUUGACAAUAUGUGCUCGGGCCUCAGUGGUCCCAAAACGGAGGCUGGCAUCUGUGUGCAAGGAAAGGGCAUCGAGCUGGACAAGUUCGUUAUCGAGCACCGAAAGGUUCUGUCAGUAAAGAGGCCUGUUAAAGACGUUUCCAUCAUCGGCUUCGAGGUCCGCAAGUUCUCUGGUAUCAACAUUGCUGUCCUUGGUGCCAUGAAUACCCGUGUCAGCAAGAACAUACUGGCUGACGGUGCCAAGUAUGGUACUCUUACGGCUGGCUCGACCAAAACGGCAGUCGAGGGCAACAGGGUCUUACACACGGGCCUAGGAGUCAAUGGGAUUGGUAUCUGCAUGGAUAAUUUCUCUGAUGUCCAUGUGGAGAAGAACAUGGUUACUGACUACGGCGUCGGUAUCUGCGUCCAGACAAAUGGGGCAGAUGUACACCACAAUAUGGUCUCGCAGUCCUGCUUUGGAAUCUUUGUCGAUCCAGGUGUUACUGGCGCCAAAGUCCGUCACAAUCAUGUCGGUCCGAUUAACCCUGCCUGCCAGAUCGCCUGGGGAAUUACCAUUGACGGUGCGGCCGGUUCUAAAGUUAGCGAUAACCUUGUUGAAGGACAAAAGAAUAAGGGUACAGCUGUAGGGCUGGUGGUCAUUGACGAGGAAUGCAGCCCAACGAGUCCCCUAUUCGGCUUGAGUUGCGUGACCCUUAAGCGCAAGUUUAUCGCUUUAGAUAACAUCUUCCUCCGAAAUACUUUCCGAGAUAACGACUUAGAUGUCUUCGUCAACACGACUAGCAAGAGUAACAUCUUUAAGUGCGAUUCUUGCAAGACCUCAAGCCCUAAGGGCUUAUGCAAAAGAUAA